AUGUACCCUGAUUUGUUCCUGAAUCUUAAUCAUUUUUCUGUUCAUGCUGCAAAUGCCAAGUAUCAAGAGGGUGAAGACACCAAAAUCCUGCCUGUUCAUUAUUCUGAUAACUACUUCUCGCUGGUUCCGGGUGAGCAAAUGAGGAUCAAAUUGUCGUUCGAGGUUCCUCCAGGGGUCACUCCAAGGGUGACUCUUCAUGGCUGGAAUUACCCUGGUGGCCAUGCAGUUCAUCAUUGA